CGCCGAUCCAUGCAUUCUAGCUUGACUGACCUGUUCCAAGAUGGCGGCCUUGGAAGCUUGCAAUGGUGCAGCAGCAGAUUCCAACCACAGCUCCGCCAGCGAAGUGAGUCAACUCGCGCAUUCCAUGGGGGAUCGAUCGUUGGCCAUUUUCACCACCUGAUUGUAUGCAUGGUGAAGGGUGCAGUGGCAUGAGCUCGACACCUCACAACCAGGCACGCCCAACUCCACAAGCCAUGACCGAAGCCCCUUCACAACAUCCAC